AAAAGACGUUUUAAGUCGUCUUCUCCAAAUCGAUUUUCUUUCACCUUUCUCUCUGAUUUCAAUUUCAAUUUUUGUUCGUUUUUUUCUUCCGGAAAAUUGGUUGUUGGGUGGAUCAAAGCUUACGAGAUUUGUACUUUUGUUCUGGUGCUACAAGUCCAAUGGAGGCGGAAGGAGAAAAACAGUGGAGUUCUCUCAUAGUACCUUUUGUUCUAGAGAUAGUGAAAGAGAAGAACUUCACAACUAUUCCUCCGAGGUAUGUUCGGGUUGAUCAAGAAAAAACUGAGAUCUUAAAUGAUUCUAGUCUUAGUUCUGAGAUUCCAGUCAUCGACAUGACACGGUUGUGUUCUGUUUCCGCCAUGGAUUCCGAGCUCAAGAAGCUGGAUUUCGCUUGCCAAGAUUGGGGAUUUUUUCAAGUUAGUCUCUUUACACACCUUGAAUCUUUGUGUUUCUCGUAAAACGUGACUUCUGUUUUUGAAAAUGCUCUCUUGCUGGUUACAGUUGGUAAACCAUGGAAUAGACUCGUCUUUCUUGGAAAAACUAGAGACAGAAGUUCAAGAAUUCUUCAAUCUCCCUAUGAAAGAGAAGCAGAAGUUGUGGCAGAGAAGUGGUGAAUUUGAAGGAUUUGGACAAGUGAACAUUGUCUCGGAGAAUCAGAAACUCGAUUGGGGAGACAUGUUUAUCCUCACCACUGAACCAAUUCGAUCACGUAAAUCUCACUUGUUCUCCAAAUUACCUCCUCCUUUCAGAGAAACUUUAGAGACUUACUCCUCUGAAGUGAAGAGCAUAGCUAAGAUUCUGUUUGCGAAAAUGGCGAGUGUUCUAGAGAUCAAACACGAAGAAAUGGAAGAUUUGUUUGAUGAUGUUUGGCAAUCUAUCAAGAUUAAUUACUACCCGCCAUGUCCACAGCCAGAUCAAGUUAUGGGUUUGACUCAACAUUCAGACGCUGCAGGUCUCACAAUACUCUUACAGGUGAAUCAAGUGGAAGGACUUCAGAUCAAGAAAGACGGCAAGUGGGUUGUCGUAAAACCUCUUCGAGAUGCUUUAGUUGUUAAUGUUGGCGAAAUCUUAGAGAUCAUAACAAACGGGAGAUAUCGAAGCAUCGAGCAUAGAGCGGUGGUGAAUUCAGAGAAAGAGAGGUUAUCGGUUGCGAUGUUUCAUAGUCCCGGAAAGGAGACAAUCAUUCGUCCUGCGAAAAGCCUUGUAGAUAGGCAGAAGCAAUGUUUGUUCAAAAGUAUGAGCACACAAGAGUACUUUGAUGCCUUCUUUACUCAAAAACUCAAUGGGAAAUCUCACCUUGAUCUUAUGCGUAUUUAAGGAAAAAGACUCUCAUAAAACAUGUUUCUUCGUAAUUUUGUAAUUAAGAGAAAUCUUUCAUCUUGCUUCUUGUCAUUAAAGACAUUAAUACACACGCUUUAAUUAAG